ACUGUUCGCAUGUUGUAGUUUAUGAAGGAUCUUCAUUUUGAAUUGUAUAAAAUGGACACAUUACGCAUGAUGGUCAUUAUUAUUUUGUUAAUGAUAUUUAUUAACUUAAUGUCAUGUUUCAAAAUUAAAAAAAGUUUGUGGUCAUUAUGCCCUCAAAGUCAAGGCAGGAUACGUACCUUUUUUGAUAUCUCCAUCGAUGAUUGUGUGAAAGAAUGCCUCAACAGGCCACUAUGUAAGGCUUUAGGUCACCGGAGAUAUAUGAAUGUUUGUGAGCUCUUCAGCACGGACGAGACCGAAGACGACAACACUUGUAUUACAGUCAGAAAGGAGGACAUAGAAAAGGAACAGGGGGAAGUCCCUUGUAACUGUCAAAAUGGUCAAACGUGCGAUACCGCUACAAAGGAAUGUGUCCGCAACGAGUGUGAAGCGUUUUCGAAAUUGGAGCAUGGUCGAGUACUUGGUAACAUGUACCACAUCGGUGCCCAACUGGCGUUCAAGUGUGACCCAGGCUGGGUGGAGAAAAAUAUGAAAUCAAACAUGAGAUGUCUUCAGAAUGGAAGCUGGUCUUAUAGACCCGCUUGUGUCGCAAUCAAUCAGCCGAUAGACGGUCAAUGGAGCAUGUGGCAGGCGUGGCAGGGCUGCUCAGUUACGUGUCGCGACGGCGUUCGCAUACGAAACCGCGCAUGCGAUGCCCCGAAACCAGAGUUUGGCGGAAAUCCGUGUUCAGGAGAGGGGUCUGAUGAAGAACCGUGUACCGGAAGUGGGUCUUGUCCAGCUGCUUGCCCUGCUGGAAGCGAAAGCUUUCAUGAGAACUCUACCCACCUAUUUGUCACGUCUACAAAAGUGAAUUACAGCAUGGCUCAAGAGUUGUGUCAAUCCAAAAAGGGACAACUGUCCAGGAUCGACAGCGAGGAAAUGAAGAUCUUUGUUGCCAAGCACUUAAAUGGUAACGUAUAA